AUGAACUACGGGGACGAUAAAGACGACUUCUCCUCGUCUUUGUCGUUGAGAGACACUCGAGACUCGUACAGAUACGACAGCGACGAGAUGGACAGUUUAUCAAACUCCUCCUCUUCUCCUUCUUCUUCUUCUUUUGAGGACGUUCACAUCGUCGAGCGUUUGCAAAGAGGAUUCGAGAAGCUCAUCAACAACGCGCAAGACGCGUACACGAUUUCGUGCAGACCGGAUUAUCGGUUGAAAGUUAAGACGCUGUGA